CAGCCUCCUGGAGAAGAUGACAUCCAGCGACAAGGACUUCAGGCAGCUUGAGGCUUAUCCCAGCUGUUCAAAAUAAAUAGCUAUGACAUCGACAGGGGCCCUCCCUGCAGGGCCCUGGGAGCUACUGUGACAUCUAGCAGCAGUCCUGCAAAGGUUCAUGGCCACCAGUGACCUGAUGUCAGAGCUGCAGAAGGACUCCAUCCAGCUGGACGAGGACAGUGAGCGCAAGGUAGUAAAGAUGCUGCUUAGGCUCCUGGAGGACAAGAACGGGGAGGUGCAGAACCUGGCGGUCAAGUGCCUGGGGCCUCUGGUGGGCAAAGUGAAGGAGUACCAGGUAGAGACCAUCGUGGAUGCCCUCUGUGCCAACAUGCGUUCGGACAAGGAGCAGCUUCGGGACAUCGCGGGCAUCGGCCUCAAGACCGUGCUGUCGGAGCUCCCCCCUGCAGCCACAGGCUCUGGCCUGGCAACCAACGUGUGCCGGAAGAUCACAGGCCAGCUCACCAGUGCCAUCGCUCAGCAGGAGGAUGUGGCUGUGCAGCUGGAAGCCCUGGACAUCCUCUCUGACAUGCUAAGCAGGCUGGGCGCCCCACUGGGCGCCUUCCACGCCAGCCUCCUGCACUGUCUGCUGCCUCAGCUGAGCAGCCCGCGCCUGGCCGUGCGCAAGCGGGCGGUGGGGGCGCUGGGCCACCUGGCGGCUGCCUGCAGUACCGACCUCUUCACUGAGCUCGCUGACCACCUGCUGGACCGGCUGCCUGGCCCGCGUGCGCCCACCAGCCCCGCAGCCCUCCGCACCGUGAUCCAGUGUUUGGGCAGUGUCGGCCGCCAGGCAGGCCACCGCCUCGGGGCUCACCUGGACCGGCUGGUGCCCUUGGUGGAGGAGUUCUGCAACCUGGACGAUGAUGAGCUUCGGGAGUCCUGCCUCCAGGCCUUUGAGGCCUUCCUGAGGAAGUGCCCCAAGGAGAUGGGCCCUCACGUGCCCAACGUGACCAGCCUCUGCCUUCAGUACAUAAAGCACGACCCCAACUAUAACUAUGACAGUGACGAGGACGAGGAGCAGAUGGAGACGGAGGAUAGUGAAUUCAGUGAGCAAGAGAGUGAGGAUGAGUACAGCGAUGACGACGACAUGAGCUGGAAGGUGCGCCGGGCGGCGGCCAAGUGCCUGGCAGCCUUGAUCGGCUCGCGGCCGGACCUGCUGCAUGACUUCCACUGCACCCUGGCGCCUGUGCUUAUCCGCCGCUUCAAGGAACGCGAGGAGAAUGUUAAGGCCGACGUGUUCGGGGCUUACAUCGUGCUGCUGCGGCAGACGCGGCCCCCAAAGGGCUGGCUGGAGGGCGUGGAGGAACCCACCCAGACCGGCAGCAACCUCCACAUACUUCGAGGACAGGUGCCUCUUGUGAUCAAGGCCCUUCAGCGGCAGCUUAAAGAUCGGAGUAUCAGGGCCCGCCAGGGGUGCUUCAGCCUCCUCACCGAGCUGGCGGGUGUCCUCCCGGGCAGCCUGGCAGAACACAUGCCCGUGCUGGUAGCAGGCAUUGUCUUCUCACUGGCGGACCGCUCCAGCUCCUCCACCAUCCGGAUGGAUGCCCUGGCCUUCCUGCAGGGGCUGCUGGGCACAGAGCCGGCUGAGGCUUUCCACACCCACCUGCCCACUCUCCUGCCACCUGUGAUGGCCUGCGUGGCUGACCCUUUCUACAAGAUCGCAGCUGAGGCCCUGCUAGUGCUCCAGGAGCUGGUGAAGGCCCUGUGGCCAUUGGACAGGCCUCGGACGCUGGACCCGGAGCCCUACAUUGGAGAGAUGUCUGCAGCCACCUUGGCCCGGCUUCGUGCUACCGACCUGGACCAGGAGGUGAAGGAGCGGGCCAUCUCCUGCAUGGGCCACCUUGUGGGCCACCUGGGUGACCGGCUUGGGGAUGACCUGGAGCCGUCACUGUUGCUCCUCCUGGACCGUCUGCGGAAUGAGAUCACCCGGCUUUCCGCCGUCAAGGCGCUGACGCUGGUGGCUGUGUCCCCGCUGCGGAUUGAUCUGCAGCUCAUCCUGGCUGAGGCAUUGCCCAUCCUGGCCUCGUUCCUGCGCAAGAACCAGCGGGCGCUGCGGCUGGCCACCCUGGCGGCCCUGGAUGCCCUGGCCCGGAGCCAGGGCCUCAGCCUCCCACCCCCCGCUGUGCGGACCGUGUUGGCUGAGCUGCCUGCCCUGGUCAGCGAGAGCGACAUGCACGUGGCCCAGCUGGCUGUGGACUUCCUCGCCACUGUGACCCAUGCCCAGCCGGCCUCAUUGGCCGAGGUCAGUGGUCCUGUGCUCUCUGAGUUGCUGCAGUUGCUACGCUCACCCCUGCUGCCGGCUGGUGUGCUGGCAGCCGCCGAAGGCUUCCUGCAGGCUCUGGUGGGGACGCGACCACCGUGCGUGAACUACGCAGAACUCAUCAGCCUGCUCACUGCACCUGUUUACAACCAGCCCGUGGACAGCGGGCCUGGCCUGCACAAGCAGGUGUUCCACUCGCUGGCACGGUGUGUGGCAGCCCUUGCAGCAGCCUGUCCCCAGGAGGCAGCAGGCACGGCCAAGCGCCUGGUCUGUGACGCCAAGUCACCCAGCUCCAGCACGGGGGUCAAGGUCCUGGCGUUCCUGUCGCUGGCUGAGGUGGGCCAGGUGGCUGGGCCGGGACCCCAGCGGGAGCUGAAGGCAGUGCUGCUAGAAGCCUUGGGCUCGCCCAGCGAGGAUGUGAGGGCAGCCGCCUCCUAUGCGCUGGGCCGUGUGGGUGCAGGGAACCUGCCCGACUUCCUUCCAUUUCUGCUGGGGCAGAUUGAGGCUGAGCCCCGGCGGCAGUACCUGCUGCUGCACUCGCUCCGGGAGGCCCUGGGCGCUGCCCCACCUGACAGCCUGAAGCCUUACGCUGAGGACAUCUGGGCCUUGCUGUUCCAGCGCUGCGAGGGUGCUGAAGAGGGCACCCGGGGGGUGGUAGCCGAGUGCAUCGGAAAGCUGGUCCUUGUGAACCCUCCGUUCCUUCUGCCCCGGUUCCGGAAGCAACUUGCUGCAGGUCAGCCUCACACUCGCAGCACUGUCAUCACAGCAGUGAAGUACCUCAUCUCAGACCAGCCCCACCCAAUCGACCCCCUCCUGAAGAGCUUCAUCGGAGAAUUCAUGGAGAGACUGCAGGACCCAGACCUGAACGUGCGCCGGGCUACGUUGGCUUUCUUCAACUCCGCUGUGCACAAUAAGCCCUCGCUGGUCCGAGACCUGCUAGAUGACAUCUUGCCCCUGCUCUACCAGGAGACCAAGAUCCGCCGGGACCUCAUCCGAGAGGUAGAGAUGGGGCCUUUUAAGCAUACAGUGGACGAUGGGCUGGAUGUGAGGAAGGCGGCCUUUGAAUGCAUGUACUCGCUGCUUGAGAGCUGCCUGGGCCAGCUGGACAUCUGCGAGUUCCUGAACCACUUGGAGGAUGGCCUGAAGGACCACUAUGAUAUCCGGAUGCUGACCUUCAUCAUGCUUGCACGGCUGGCUACGCUGUGUCCUGUGCCUGUCCUGCAGAGGGUGGACCGGCUCAUUGAGCCCCUCAGGGCCACAUGCACCGCCAAGGUCAAAGCUGGUUCUGUGAAGCAGGAAUUUGAGAAGCAAGAUGAAUUGAAGCGCUCUGCAAUGAGGGCAGUGGCCGCCCUGCUGACCAUCCCUGAAGUGGGGAAGAGCCCCAUCAUGGCCGACUUCUCAUCCCAAAUCCGCUCCAACCCUGAGCUGACCACCCUCUUUGAAAGCAUCCAGAAGGAUUCUGCAUCAGCCCCCAGCACAGACUCCAUGGAGCUCAGCUAGUGCUCCCCGGCCCAAGAACCCCCACUCACAAGGAGCCUCACGCACCCACCCCCACAGGCCUCUACUCCUGCCCUUUACUCAUCUCACUGGGGGCCCCCCCUGCUCCCAGUUGUGGGGGGGAGGAGGGGUUUACAGUGCCUUCUCUGCCCCCAGUCAGAGCUGCAAGGCUGCCAACAGUUGGCUCCUUUGACUCAGGACAGUCGCUCAAUCAACAGGGUGAUAGUUCUUCUAAGCCUCUUCCAUGGAGCUGGAUGACUUCACAGGGUCAGCCUGGCUCCUUCAAGCCAUGGGAGUCUCUGCCUCAGAGGUCUUCGUAUUUAUAAACACUCUUGUGCUCACGGCUCUGAAAGGUCAGGAAGGUGCAGACUGGCCUUCCUCCCCGACUGGAGUCCCAUGUUGCUCAUUUCACCUGAUCUGCCAAAAAUUAGUAUUUGCCAGACAUCUUAAUGCAGAUACUCCUGGGUUAUCCACAUUUUUGAAUCCGAGAUGCUUUAUUUCAAAUUGGCAGUAAUAAAUCCAAAAUGCAUAGUACUUCUUGCAAGGGGAGUGGGGCAUGGAAUUAGAUCUAAUUUUUUUUCUAAUUCCAGAACUCUUAUGUAGCCAACUAGGAACAGGAAAGCACAAGGAAACAGUACUUAUCACCUUUCAUGUCCCCCACCUAGGUAGCCACGAGGUUUGUCCUGGGAAAAGUAUGGAGUAUGUCCAGUUUUUAGUAUCAAGGAUAGAAACGUUAAUCGACAGGCCAAAGAAUUUCCUGUGCUAUUCCAGGUUAAUAAAGUAGAGAUUCUAAAUUG